AUGAAGUACUCUUUCGUCAUCUCGGCUUUGACUGCCGCCGUCUUCGCUCAGGACUCUUUCCCGACUACAUUCGCUACCUCCGUCCGCCCUUCUUCUGCUCCUCAGGGAAGCGGAUUUGGUGGCGCUCGUCCUAGCGGCCCCCCUCCUUCCGGAUUCCCCAGUGGCUUCCCCAGUGGUUCCGGCUUCCCCGGUGACAGCGAGGGCGCUGCCCCUACUCAGAGCGGUAACGCUCGCGCUGCUGCUGCUUCUGGCGGCUUUGGCGGCAACGCACCCUCUGGCGCAUUCUCUGGCCGUCCUGGCUUCCCUAGCGGUGCCCCUGGUGGUGGUUUCUCCGGAGUUCCUAGUGGCCCCGUCCCCACCGUUGCUCCUACUCAGGCUGCCUUCCAGCGCCGUCAGUUCGAGUCUGCCCGCCCCAGCGGUGCCCACUCCCAAGGCGCCCACUCCCACGGCGGUGGCCACGGCAGCCACAGCGGACGCCCUACCGGCUCUGCCUUCCCCCAGCCUUCCGGCGCUGCUCCUUCCGGUGCCGCUAAGAACAACGCUUUCGCUGCCCAGGCCGCUCAGUCUGGCUCGCCUUCUCAGGGUGCCGGCGGCGCUUUCCCUUCGGGAGGCGCGUCUCACUCUCAGGGUGCUGGAGGCUUCCCCUCCGGUUUCCCCUCUGGCUCUCCCAGCGGCGGCCCCGGUGGUGACAAGCCCACUGGAUCCCAGGGCGCUGGUCCUCAGGAGACCGGGUCUUUCGGCGGCAGCGACGAUGCCCCUGCUUUCCGCGCUCGUGCCCGUGACUUCUUCGGAUUCUAA